ACGCGGUAGUCCUGAAUCAUGGAUCGGGUCCUAUACUACAAGCACGGCAGCCCUGCACUAGAUUACGCACGUAGAAUGCAACCCGUCUGAUAUUAGCGUUAUAUAACUCGUGCCUGGUGCAGUGAAAUCAAACAUCGCAGACAGCGCCGGCAUGCAUUUGUACAAGUCUCACAAGCCAUAAAUCAUGGAUUAUGUCUUGCUUAGCCAAGGAUUUCUCUCAAUCUCUAAUGACGAGCUCGCUGGGCGGACUCAUGCGGACGCGACUCGAGCUGGCUCCUAAGCCGAGUCCGCGCUCUACUAUGAUUGGUGAAAGUACUACGUGUUGGAAGAUAGUUGCAUGGCUUCCAAAGUCCUAACCCACCUUCG